GCUUACUUGGAGGCUGGAGCAGCAAGCGAGCCCUCUCCGAGCGCCGGAGCGCACAGCAAGCAAGCAGGCAGGCGGCAGGCAGGCAGGCAGGCGGCGAACGACCUCUCUCUCUCUCUCGCUCUGCUUGCGCUGCUCCGCCCCUAUAAAUAACUGAGCGCCAAGGAACUUUCCCAAGUCAGAGAGACUUUAAGGAAGAGAAGAUUCGGCACCUAUCGCCAAAUGGUCCGGAGGAACCAGCCGCGGCAAGAGCGCUCGACCGGCAGCGUCUGAAGCAACUCUUCGCGAUUUUUAUUUGUGUGUGUGUGUGAAGAAGGGGGCUCGGAAGCCCCUUCCCCCGAUUUCGGACGGGAGUUUCAGGAGCCGGGCAAAGGAAGGCAAAGAGGAACUUGCCGGCGUCUCCUCGGUCGGGCGCUUGCAAGGUCCCCGCCCUCUCGCUCUGGAGGCAUCGGAGGGGGGUCGUCUCCGGUGGCCGAGGUUCCCCUUCGUGCCCCCCGCUCCCCUCCUCUUGCUUUCAUGCAACGCCUGGUAGCCUGGGAUCAGGCAUGCCACCCCCUCCAGCCCGCGGCCUUUAAAUCCAUGGAAGUGGCCAAUUUCUAUUACGAGGCGGACUGUCUGGCUGCCCUGAACAAGCUGCACCCGCGGGCGGCGGGGGCCCGCUCCAUGACCGAGCUCACCGUGGGGGAUCACGAGAGAGCCAUCGACUUCAGCCCUUACCUGGACCCUUUAGCAUCGCAGCAGCAGCAGCAGCAGCAGCAGCCGCAGCAGCAGCAGCCGCCUUCUUCCACGGCAGCAGGGGGCAACUUUGAGCCUGUUUGCAGCAGCGGCGGCGGCGGGAGCAGCGGCCAAGAUUUCCUCUCCGAUCUCUUCUCCGAGCAGGACUAUAAAGGCGGCGGGAAGAAGCACCCCGACUACGCUUACAUCAGCCUGAGCAGGCACGGCCACCACCCACCCGUCGGACAGAACCACAAAGCCGGGCCGCUGCUGGGUUGUUUCCCGCCGCAGAUGGUGGAGACCAAAGUGGAGCCGGUCUUCGAGCACUUGGAUUCUUGCAAAGGGGGCCGCAAGGAAGAAGGCGGCGGAGGAGGAGCAGGGCCCGGCCUGGGGGGAAUGUCCUCGCCUUACGGCAGCACCGUCCGCUCCUAUUUGGGCUACCAGUCCGUGCCGAGCGGGAGCAGCGGGAACCUCUCCACCUCUUCGUCUUCCAGCCCGCCCGGCACCCCGAACCCGUCCGAUUCCUCGAAAUCCGCCUCAGUCGGAGGAGGAGGAAGUGGCGGCGGCGGCGGCGUUUACCCGGCAGGCCCCGGCGGCGGCGGCAGCAGCGGCAAGAACAAGUCCAAGAAGUCGGUGGACAAGCACAGCGAGGAGUACAAGAUCCGCCGCGAGAGGAACAACAUCGCCGUGCGCAAGAGCCGCGACAAAGCCAAGAUGCGCAACCUGGAGACGCAGCACAAAGUCUUGGAACUGACGGCGGAGAACGAGAGGCUGCAAAAGAAAGUCGAGCAGCUGUCCCGGGAACUCAGCACCCUCAGGAACUUGUUCAAACAGCUGCCCGAGCCGCUUUUGGCCUCCUCCGGACAUUGCUAGCCUUUCCCCCUCCCCGUUGACCUCCCCCCCUCAACAGCUGGACGCCGCUGGAAACAAUGCUGUGGUUUGGGCAGGCGGAGGGUUGUGGGGGAGGCGAGGCUUCCGGGAAGGAAUGAAGCGGUGCGUAUGUGUGUGUAUGUGUGUGAAGGGGGUGGGUGCAUCUGCCCGUCUUUUCAGGACUAGCACGGGUCGGAGGGGGGAAGAGAAAGUCCCGAGGGGGCUUUGCAUAAAUAUAAAUUAUAUAUAUAUUAUAUUUUUGGCCUUUAAUUCGCGCUCCUUGAUGAUGGGAGAAACCUUCCGCCCUAAGCCUCUUGCAGUACGACUCCUUCGGCUGGCGGGGGGAGUUCUUUGGCCGGUUUCUAUAGAGCUCUGCGCGACUUCAUGGAGAAAUCCAUAGUUUUCCAACUUCAUUAUUUUUUUCUAAGAAAAAAAAAAGCCGAUACCA